AUGGAUAUGGAUAACGAUCAUCAUAUGCCGCUGUCAGCAGCGGAAAUACAUGCUGAACUCGAAAAUGGAACGUCGCAGGAGUAUGACCUCCAAGAUACCUCGUUCAUGCUACCAACGGCGAUCGACCGUGCCGGCCUAUCCCGGAUGAUCAAUGAUCUCCUCGGCCUGGAGAAACACGUCGCCUUUGAUAUCCUUUUUAGGGAUGAACCGCUAAGGACCACACUGGCAGAAAAACUCGCUCAACACAAGGUGCAAUCGGAGACGACUAUCAAAUUAGUAUAUACAUUGGCUGUUACUGAACCUGAAGCUACAAAAGUAGACAAUCUAAAUGAUUGGAUUUCGGGGAUAUCAUUCGACGGCCACAUAGGCCAUGUCGUGACAUCUUGCUUCGAUGGUAACGUCGCUUUGUACUCUGCAGACAACCUGAAAAAGGUUGCGGAGUUUACAACUGAAGAGGGAACAGCAAGUGCCGUCGCGAUGCAUAGCUCCAGUGACAUGGCUACCAAUGUAGAGAUUGUAUGUGGGCACAUGAAUGGGUCACUUGAGGUAUAUAGUCUGGACAUUACUGACUACCAGCCUAGACCGACACUGGUCACCACGAGCCAAAGCGACACGGAUACAAUCGUAGCAAUAGCAAUAGAUCCUAAAGGGACACUCUUGGCAUCUGCAGGCCAUGGCAAAGAUAUUCUCGUAUACGACAACAUCGAAAUUAAACAGCGUAUUAAAAAUAACGAGAUAGAUAUUGGUAAACGACGCAAACGAUCAAUCGACAGUGACGUCUUGGAACCAAUAGUCAUGUUGACGAAACACACCAAGACCGUUACGGCAUUGAAAUUUGUGGAGUUAGAAGUGCCAGUGUUGAUAUCCGGGUCCAUUGAUGGACACAUCGCAUUGUGGGAUGUGAGGCUAGCAGCACCGCUUUGUAUAUACGCUUGUGGAAGGGCGAUCACAUGCCUCGACUCAAGUGAUAUGUGUGCUGAGAUAUACACGGGGCAUGAAGAAGGCACUAUUGCCAUCUGGGAGCUAAGAAACAAAUGGGACGGUGAGCCACCAAAAUCAUCUUCGGAUGUUAAAAACUCUAACGUGGCAAGAAAAGCUUCUACGGCUAUGUUUGAUCGUGCUGCAACCGCAAUAAAGGCAAAUGUGAAACACACAAACCUUCUGUCUGCAGUGUCACUGGAUGGUACAGCAGUACUACUAGAUAAACGCUUUGUCAAGAUUCCACUUCAAACGGUCACGUUAAAGUGCCAAUGUGAGCCCGACAGAUGUACGGGUACCUGUUGGAUGUCGUCACACGAAUUGAUGUGCACCACCGCUACAGGUCAAUUACACAAAAUUGCAUUUAGAGAACUUGCUUAA